CUGAGGCAGAAAUGGCAAGUGUUGUUUGUGAAGCGGGUCAAGUACACAUGGAUAAUAUAUUACUAUUAACUGAUUCAUAUAAGGUUUCUCAUCAUAAACAAUAUCCAAAGAAUACAUCUAUAGUAUUCUCAUAUUUUGAGAGCAGAGGAGGGAAAUUCCAAAGUGUGUGCUUCUUUGGGCUUCAAUAUAUUCUAAAGAAAUGGCUUGUAGGUCAGGUUGUUACCAAAAGCAAAAUUGAAGAGGCAAAGCAGUUAUACAAGCUUCAUUUUGGAUCAGACAUUUUUAAUGAGGAAGGGUGGAAUUAUAUUUUGGAGAAGCAUAAUGGAUAUCUUCCAUUAAGGAUAAGAGCAGUUGCAGAAGGGAGUGAUAUACCUGUCAAGAAUGUCUUAUUCACAGUUCAAAACACAGAUCCUAAAUGUUUUUGGCUUACCAACUGGGUUGAGACUGUUUUGGUUCAGUGCUGGUAUCCUACUACAGUUGCUACGAACUCAAGGGAACAGAAAAAAAUAAUUGCACAGUAUCUGAUUGAAACUACUGGCAAUGUGGAUGGUCUUCAGUUCAAACUUCAUGAUUUUGGUUUUAGAGGAAGCACAUCAGUAGAGUCUGCAGGGAUUGGUGGUUGUUCUCAUCUUGUCAACUUCCUUGGUUCUGAUACCAUUGCAGGUGUAAUUAUUGCAAGAAAUUACUAUGGCUGUGACAUGGCAGGUUUCUCCAUUCCAGCUGCAGAGCACAGUACAAUAACUUCAUGGGGUAAAGAAAAUGAGGUUGAAGCAUUUAGGAACAUGCUUACCCAGUUUCCAGAAGGUUUAGUUGCUUGUGUUAGUGACAGUUAUGACAUCUGGCAUGCUUGCAAGGAUCUAUGGGGCAGGGAAUUGAGAGAUCUUGUAGUUAGCAGGGAAGGCAAAGGUACUUUGGUUAUACGUCCUGAUUCAGGUGACCCACCAAAGGUUGUAGUAGAAGUAUUACAAAUUCUUGGCAGAGCAUUUGGAACCAAAAAGAAUUCAAAAGGAUUUCAUGUACUUCCUUCUUAUUUGAGAGUUAUCCAGGGCGAUGGAAUAAGCUACGAAACGUUAACAGAAAUCUUAGAAAAUAUGAAACAACAUAAAUGGAGCUGUGAUAAUCUGACAUUUGGGAGCGGAGGUGCGCUGCUUCAGAAGUUGAAUCGCGACACGCAAAAGUUUGCGUACAAGUGUUCUUAUGCCGUGGUGGACGACAAAGGGGUGGAUGUUUACAAACAACCAGUGACAGACCCCAACAAGAAAUCAAAGAAAGGACUCCUCUCUCUUGAGAAGAACUCGGAUGGUUCUUUCGUCACCAUUGAAGGCGGUAAAGGAGAUCCUGAUAAGGAUCUUCUGACCACAGUAUUUGAAAAUGGACGAUUAGUAAAAGAAUUUACCUUUGAAGAGGUACGAAAAAACGCCGAGAUACCAUUGGUCACGAACUACACGAGCUGAGGAAGGAAUUUACGUCACUAAUUACUAGAAAUAUGAACUCCAAUUCUGGUUGAUGGCAUGCUAUACAUCCGUGAAUCAUAGACUAAGUAACUACAAACUAACAUAAGAAUAUGCAGAUAUAUUACCAUGUAUCAACAAAAUAAAAUAAUGGUGCAUUGUGGUCUACAACCAUAUUUGGCACCAUGAACAAAAAAUGAUCAUGUUUGACACUGAAUCUAGACCACAAUGCAAUACGUAAUGCUAUGUUAUUCUGUUGUAUUGUUCGUCUGCGAAUCAACCACGAAGAUAUUGUUCCUUGUACUGGGAUAUAUGUACUUUGCUCUCAUUGGCUGCUUAUUUUUGAAUUCUAACGAGCGCGCUUAUUGGCUACAGUAACCUCGAACCAGUCUGACUUGAAAAAAGGAAAACAGCAAUAGCGGUGUAGGCAAGCUUGCUUUAACGGCCUCUGUCAAAGGUUCAAAAGGAAACUCUUGAGCUUGUCUCUUACUUUAAAACUCGCUUUACCGUCGACUGAAAUCUACGACUGAAAUGUUUGACAAUAAAUCAUUAACAGAGUUAAUGCAGUAUCGCUCCAUAAAACACAGUCUAUCACACCAAGAAAAGCCGACAGUGCCGCCGAGAAAAACGUUGACAUAUGCGCUGACCUGCGUUUACCCAAGUACAGAGAACACGAUCUUCGUCGCUGAUUCACAGACGAACAAAACUGUUUGGCUGCACGCAGGUUUUAGUUCCUGUUGCCUGUUAAAACGAUAUUUUAAAGUUAUCAGUAUAUGUUUUCCGGAUUAUUUUUCACAGAUUAUUAUUACGAUAUUAUUUUACACACACUAAAUAUUGUCUGAGGUCAUACUAAGAUAUGGCUUGUAAAUGGCAUUCGGUUCAUGCACUAAUGACGUCACUCUAGUGAGUUUUUGGUCAUGACUUCUAGAUUUUAUUAUUGUGAUAGUUCAAUACUCCAGUAUCAAAAUCUCUUUUACGUAGUCCUAGCCUGAAUUGCGCACAAGUUUAUAUUGUUAUCUUAACAUUAUAAUAGAAUAUAAAUUGCACGGUUUUUGAGGCUGCUUGAGAUUGGAGUAUUCUCACUGUGUAGUUUGUCUCGACACCAAUACUUUGUUAUCAAUACUUUUCUAUUCUAAUAUAGAGUAAAAGAAGGUUAGUUGUACAUAAUGUUAAGUGAGCUUAUUUAUUACUAUGUAUUGAAUGAACUGUACAUCUAACACAUCAUAGUAAUGAUCGUUCUCUUGGUAGUAAUCAUGGAUUUUUACAUUAAUAGAAAAAAUUGCACAAUUU